AUGGAGAAAGUAAUGGAGAAAGACACGGAAAAGACGACCUACAUCUCCGAGUCGGACCGGACCGAAGUGGACCCAUCCAUCCGAAUGCCCGACGACAUGCCCGACGAAAAGAGUUCCGUCACGGCACCCCCAAUCGCCGCGGCCGCCGCUGUAGCUGCCGCGGGUACCGAUGCCAUCGCCAGUCCUGCCAGUCACCAGCCCCCCGCGGCGGAUGAAGUCCCUGACGGCGGGCUGACAGCCUGGCUGCAGGUAGUCGGGUCAGCGGCGAUCCUCGUCAACACGUGGGGCGUCAUCAACACGUUCGGCGUGUUCCAAGCUUACUACGAGGCCGACCUGCUGCGGGACCACUCGUCGUCGGACAUCUCGUGGAUCGGGUCGACGCAGGCAUCGCUGCUCUUCCUGGUCGGGGUGGUGGCGGGCCCGCUCUACGACGCGGGCUACUUCCGGCACCUGCUAGUGGUGGGCCUGUUCCUGAUCGUGCUGGGCCAGUUCAUGACGUCGCUGUGCACGGCGUACUGGCAAGUGAUGCUGGCGCAGGGGGUCGCGAUGGGCGUCGGCAUGGGGCUGACCUUCCUGCCGUCAGCCGCCAUCAUGGGCCAGUACUUCUCGCGGCACCGGGCGCUGGCGCUGGGGAUAUCGAGCGCGGGCUCACCCGUCGCGGGCGUCAUCUUCCCCAUCGUCUUUACUCGACUGCAGCCGCAGGUCGGGUUCGGGUGGGCAACGCGUACCAUCGCCUUCAUCCUGCUCGCCAUGUCGGCCAUCCCCAUCGUCUUCAUGCGCACGCGCGUGCCGCCGGCCGGAAAGCGCUCGCUGAUCGACCGCAGUGCCUUCCGCGACGUGCCGUAUAUCCUGUUUGUCGUGGCCGGCCUGUUCGCGUUCCUGACGCUGUACGUGACCUUCUUCUACCUCACGCUAUUUGCCAAGUCGCGCAACGCUGUGAGCGCCGAAUUCGCACCAUACCUCGUCACAUUGCUCAAUACCGGCUCCAUCUUUGGGCGCCUCAUCCCCAACGCACUGGCUGACCGAUACGGGUCGUUGAACGUGCUCAUCAUAUGCAUCGUUGCCAGCGCAGUUCUGGCGUUUGGCUGGCUGGGGAUCCACGAUAUCGGCGGGUCCGUGGUAUACGCGCUGCUGUAUGGCGCCUUUUCUGGCGCCGUAGUCAGCCUCACGCCGAGCGUCAUCGUCGGGCUCGCGCCGGAUAUGGGACGAUUGGGAGCCAGGAUGGGUUUGUGCUUCGUCGUUUCAGGCAUUGCCAUCCUCGUAGGCACUCCAAUUGCCGGCGCUAUUCUGGGCAGCAACGACAAUCCGCAGUGGCUGGGGGCGAUUUUGUACUCUGCCUUUGGCCUCAUCGUGGCCACAGCGUUCUAUUGCGCAUCAAGAUUUGCCGUGUACAGACGGAAGGGGGGCUGGAAAGGCUUGAGCUGA